GGCGGAGCGUGCAGACGACCUGACAGUAACACAGCAGCUGAGUCGUGUGUAACGGUUGCUGUUGUAGUUCCGUGCCGGGCCGUGUCGGUGUGUGACCGGGGGAGGAUGGCCCACCGCUACCUGCGGCUGUCCGCGGGCUGCAGGGGCGUGUUCCGGCUGCUGCUGCCUUCCAAUGCUCCGGCCAGGCUGGUGAUGUUCUCGAACACAGCUGGACAGGUAGGCAGUGGGCGGAGCCUGCUGACAGAGCUGCUGGGAGCAUACCAGAGCUCCAAACCCCCGAAAGGUUUUGAAAAAUAUUUCCCAGAUGCUCAGAAACCCGUGAAUAAGUCUGAGACUGAAGCUGCAGCUAAAGAAACUAAAGCUGCUGAUGCUCCAAGGACCUCGGGAGGGGGGGAGGGGGGGGGUGGAGGAGGGAAGCGAGGAGGGCGGAAGGAGGAGCCUCACUGGUACAGUCGUCUGCAGAAGGGGGACAUUCCCUGGGACGACAAAGAGUUCCGUCUGUACUUCCUGAGCGGAGUGGCGUUCUGGACCACCGUCACAUAUUACUUCCUCUUCAGGGAUGGAGGUCGGGAGGUCACCUGGAAGGACUUUGUCAACAACUACCUGUCUAAAGGAGCGGUGGAGCGACUGGAAGUCGUCAACAAACGAUACGUCAAAGUGAUUUCCCCUGCGGGGAAGACGGCUGUGGACGGAUACAUCUGGUUCAACAUCGGCAGCGUGGACACGUUUGAGCGGAACCUGGAGACGGCGCAGUACGAGCUCGGCAUCGAGGGGGGGGACCGGCUGCCGGUGGUUUACUCCACAGAGAGCGACGGCACCUUUCUACUGAGCAUGCUCCCCACGGUGCUCAUCAUCGGCUUCCUGCUGUUCAUGCUGCGGCGGGGGCCGGCGGGGGGGGGGCGUCCCGGCCGGGGGAUGGGCGGACUCUUCAGCGUCAGCGAGACGACGGCAAAGAUCCUGAAAGACGAGAUCGACGUGAAGUUCAAAGACGUGGCGGGCUGCGAGGAGGCCAAGCUGGAGAUCAUGGAGUUUGUCAACUUCCUGAAGAACCCGAAACAGUACCAGGACCUCGGGGCCAAGAUCCCCAAGGGCGCCAUCUUGACGGGUCCUCCAGGGACAGGAAAGACUCUCUUGGCCAAAGCGACGGCCGGCGAGGCCGACGUCCCGUUCAUCACCGUCAACGGCUCCGAGUUCCUGGAGAUGUUUGUGGGCGUCGGUCCAGCGAGGGUGAGGGAUCUGUUUGUCAUGGCGAGGAAGAACGCCCCCUGCAUCCUCUUCAUCGAUGAGAUCGACGCCGUGGGACGAAAACGUGGACGAGGAAACCUUGGAGGACAGAGUGAACAGGAAAACACUCUGAACCAGCUGCUGGUGGAGAUGGACGGUUUCAACACAGCGACCAAUGUGGUGGUUCUGGCCGGAACCAACCGACCCGACAUCCUGGACCCGGCUCUGAUGAGACCCGGACGCUUCGAUAGGCAGAUCUACAUCGGUCAUCCUGAUAUCAAAGGUCGAGCAUCCAUCUUUAAAGUUCACCUGCGUCCUCUGAAACUGGAGACAAACAUGGACAAAGACGCCCUGGCUAGGAAGAUGGCCGCCCUCACACCCGGAUUCUCAGGUGCUGACAUCGCCAACGUCUGCAACGAGGCGGCUCUGAUCGCUGCUCGCCACCUUUCAGACGCCAUCGAGCAGAGACACUUUGAACAGGCCAUCGAGAGGGUCAUCGGAGGUCUGGAGAAGAAGACUCAGGUGCUGCAGCCGGAGGAGAAGAAGACGGUGGCGUACCAUGAGGCCGGCCACGCGGUCGCCGGCUGGUUCCUGGAACAUGCCGACCCGCUGCUAAAGGUGUCCAUCAUCCCCAGAGGGCGGGGCCUGGGUUAUGCUCAGUACCUGCCUAAGGAGCAGUACCUGUACACCAGGGAGCAGCUGCUGGACCGGAUGUGUAUGACUCUGGGAGGACGCGUCUCCGAGGAGAUCUUCUUUGGACGGAUCACCACCGGAGCUCAGGACGACCUCCGAAAGGUCACCCAGAGCGCCUACGCACAGAUCGUCCAGUUCGGGAUGAACCAGAAGGUCGGUCAGGUUUCCUUCGACCUCCCGCGUCAGGGCGAGAUGGUUCUGGAGAAACCGUACAGCGAAGCCACGGCUCGUCUCAUCGACACCGAGGUCAGAACCCUCAUCAGGGAGGCGUACCAGAGAACCCAGCAGCUGCUGAGCGAGAAGAAGGCCGAGGUGGAGAAGGUGGCGCUGCGGCUCCUUGAGAAGGAGGUUCUGGAUAAGGGCGACAUGGUGGAGCUGCUGGGUAAUCGUCCAUUUGCGGAGAAGUCGACGUACGAAGAGUUUGUUGAGGGAACCGGAGGCGAAGACGAGGACACGACUCUACCGGACGGUCUCAAAGACUGGAACCAGGAGAGGACAGAGAAGGAAGAGAGUCAGGAUGAACAGGUGGCCCGUCAGAUCUCUGGAGGAAUGCCCUUCUAGAACCUCCCAUGGACGUCCUGGCUCCACUACAAACACGGACCUCUCAUUCUCGUGUAUAAAAUAUCAUCUGGAACAUUUCUGAGGUUUAGAGCCCUCACUCCUCACGUAACAUCAAGACUUCUUAUCUGUGGAGCUCUGUACCAAACCCAUAACUGUCACCCUGUAAAGUUCCUCAAUGUUCUGUUGGAUGUUUGGGUUCUUCCACAAACCCCCCUUGUCUCCAUCAGUGAGGUCCUACUCCUGCUCCCUGACAUUCAGAACAAUAAACCUGCUCCAAAGAUAAACAGUCACCUGAUGAGCUCCACAGGUUGUUGUGUUGGAUGUUUGGGUUCUACCACCAACACAAACUGUCACUCAUUCCACAGUCACUUCAUCAAUCUGCUGCAGAACCAACUCAAUCUAAUCAAUAACUCUUAACACACACUCCUAAAUCCGACUGCCGAGAAUUACCUUCUGGUACCGACACAUCUUGUCCUAGAACCUUCACCUGAUGGAACCACAGAGUUUACUCACAGGAAACAUGGUUUUAUUUUCUUUGUUGAACUUUCAGAUUCAUACGUUCUUGUCUUUCAGAGCUGAUCUAUUACACCUCAUCUUUACUCUGCUGGGGUCUCACACGCUGUAGAACCACAUUAAUGUCUUCUAGAACCUUCCCACUGGUUUCUUUUGUGCAUUGAACUCAAUGGUUCUAGAUGUUUUCUCUACAGGGCCUUGCAUAAGUAUUCACCCCCCUUGGACUUUUUCCCAUUAUGUACUGUUACUAACUGGAAUUCAAAUAGACUUAAAUAAACUUUUUCCCGUUUGAUCAACAAAACAUGCAUAGUACUUUGGAGGUGCAAAAUAAAUUUUAUUGUGACACAAACUAUAAUGAGAACAAAAAAGUUGACAUCUGUUGGGUGCAUAAGUAUUCACCCCCCUGUGUCAAUACUUGGUAGAACCCCCUUUCACUGCAAUUACAGCUGCAAGUCUUUUGGGGUAUGUCUCUACCAGCUCUGCACAUCUAGAGAUGGAAAGGUUUGUCCAUUCUUCUUGGCAAAAAAGAUGAAGCUCAGUCAGAUUGGAUGGAGACCGUCUGUGAACCGCAAUCUUCAAGUCUUGCCAUAGAUUCUUUAUUGGAUUGAGGUCUGGGCUUUGACUGGGCCAUUUUAAGACAUUAACAUUCUUUAAUCCAAACCAUUCCUUUGUAGCUCUGGCUGUAUGUUUAGGGUCAUUGUCCUGCUGGAAGAUGAACCUCCGCCCCAGUCUCAAGUCUUUUGCAGACUGCAUCAGAUUUUCUUCAAGGAUUUCCCUGUAUUUGGCUCCAUCCAUCUUUCCCUCUAUUCUGACCAGUUUCCCUGUACCUGCUGAAGAGAAGCAUCCCCACAGCAUGAUGCUACCACCACCAUGUUUCACUGUUGGGAUGGUGUGCUCAGGGUGAUGGGCAAUGUUGGGUUUUCGCCACACAUAGCGUUUUGCAUUGAGGCCAAAAAGUUCAGUUUUGGUCUCAUCUGACCAGAGCACCUUCUUCCACAUGUUUGCUGUGUCUCCCACAUGGCUUCUGGCAAACUCCAAACGGGAUUUUUUAUGGAUCCCUUUCAACAAUGGCUUUCUUCUUGCCACUCUUCCAUAAAGGCCAGAUUUGUGGAGUAGACGACUAAUAGUUGUCCUGUGGACAGAUUCUCCCACCUCAGCUGUGGAUCUCUGCAACUCCUCCAGAGUAACCAUGGGCCUCCUGGUUGCUUCUCUGAUUCAUUUUCUCCUUGUCCGACUCUUCAGUUUGGGUGGACGGCCUCCUCUUGGUAGGUUUGCGGUUGUGCCAUAUUCUUUCCAUUUUCUUAUGAUGGAUUUUAUGGUGCUCAGAGAGAUGUUCAAAGCUCUGGAUAUUUUUUUAUAACCUAACCCUGCUUCAUAUUUCUCCACAACUUUCUCCCUGACCUGUUUGGUGAGCUCCUUGGUCUUCAUGAUGCUGUUUGUUCAGUAAUGAUCUCCAACAAACUCUGAGUCCGUCACAGAACAGGUGUAUUUAUACUGAGAUUAAAUUGCAGACAGGUGGACCCUAUUUACUAAUUAUGUGACUUGCAAAUGUGACUUGUGAAUGCAAUUGGUCGCACCAGAUCUUUGUUAGGGGUUUCACAGUAAAGGGGGUGAAUACAUAUGCACUCAACACUUUUCAGAUUUUUAUUUGUAAAUAAUUGUGAAAUCCAUGUAAUAUUUCCCCCCACUUCCAAAUGAUGCACUAUUUUGUGUUGGUCCAUUACAUAAACUCACGAUGAAAUAAAUUUUAAUCUGUGGUUAUACCAUGACAAAAUGUAGAAAAGUCCAAAGGGGGUGAAUACUUAUGCAAGGCACUGUAUAUUAAGUACCAAGUUCGACAUCACACAUCUGUUCCUAAGCAGGGUUCUACAAGAUUGUAAUUUACAAUUUCACCACUAAUGUCACUAGACUUGACACACUAAAGCUCUAGAACCUCUGUUAUUGAGCUCUAGAGCACAGUGUUGUUCUCCAGAGAACUGCUCUUUGUAAAACAAAGCUCAAAUGUUCUCUGCCUUUGAACACUUGUUCCAUUUCAAGGGUUCUAACAUCAAAGCCACACUUUCCCUUGACGUUAAACAUUUGCUCCAUCAUGUGGUUCUAGAUAAGUCAUAGAAUAUGAAUACAUUGAGAGAACAGUGACCUGUCGGCGUAGAACACGUGUAAACAUGUACAGCUCAGUGUAGUUGAGCUGCUUCUCUUACCUGUCAGAGCUUUUAUGGUGUUUGAACCUAAAGGAUCAUUCUGCUGGUUUCAUGUUUCAACUUUAAAAAGAAAUUCCCUGCUGAUGAUGACUGAU